CCACGAUAAUUUGAAAACUGAUCCCAUUGAUAGAGUCGAAUUUUCGAAAUCCUACGAGUAGUCAAACAAGGGUUCAUUACAAUGUCAUACAACGUGUAUCGUAUUGCCUCCACUGGACUUCCCCGGGACCACCAUGCAAUUUUCGUGGAAACAGAGAAAGAUGGAACUGGCGAGCUUCUCGAAGUCGCGGGUAAUAUUCAAGAAGGGAUGUCCUUCAGUAUGAUGCCGACCAAGAAACCAGAAGACUCCAUAACAUACAAAGCCAAGGUUCUUAUCGGAAAAGUCAGUGAAUUUGAUUAUCCACGUAUGAGAGACGUUUGCGAAAUGAUUCCACCUCCAAAAAAGCAAUUUCAAGGCUCCCGUCGGCUCUUCCCAAACGAGCCACUUCGACGUUGUCAGGAAUGGACCGCAGAAGCCAUCCAAGCGUUGCUUGAUGCGCAUGUCAUUGUCAAGGUUACGUGAGUCUCUUGACGCCGUGACGCGA